UACGCAACUUUAUUCGGCUUUUUGUAACAUCUUUUCAACUAUACAUACAUAAGUGUGAGGUACUUAGUCGCAGAUAUCAUACUUCCUGUCGCUGCUACUUUGCUGAUGACCCCCCAGACCCGAAGAUCUAUCAGACAUCUACGACCAUGUCCCUCCGGCCUUCAGGAGAUAUGUCGCAGCCACUUACCUCUCCCUACCCCAAACCAAUACCACCCGAAAAGCUACCGAAAGCAUUGAGGCUUUACCGCAAGUAUAAGUUUGGAGAAGGUCUCGAUCGGCUCGGCACCCCUGGGACAACCCAUUCAACUACGUCACGCACGUCAAUAUCAAACGCACCCUCUGUUUCAACGUCUGCGGGUGACCGAGGAACAGAUGUCUCGUCAGUCAUGUCGUUCCCCGUCAGGGGAAGCCCAUCGUCCUCGACAUCUAAUGCUAAAGGCGAAUUGACAACAUUUGAUGGCAAAAAGUGUAAAGUGCGCACAAGGAGGCCUUUUAAUGAUAAAGACAGAGCAAAGGCUGCGUUGAUUCGUCAUCUUGGAUCAUGUUCGGCGUGCCGUAAAUCAAAGACUCCUUGUCCACUCAAGCAUCACGAUGUUGACGCUCUUGAAAGAGCCUUACUAUCUGGGUCUCAAUCCUCAUGGUCCCAAGCACAGCAACGCCAGUCGCGCUCCUCGGGAUCUAGAUCUUCAGAUAAAACCGCUAGAUCCUUGUCUGGCCCACCUAAAUCAUCUGGAGGUUCACUAGGCCAGAGCAACGCACUUUUUGGUCUUGGUCAGAAUGAGCAACUCCUUCGGACCGUCUCGAUAGAACCUCAAUCAUCUGUUGCCGAUCCAUUGGCUGGGAUACCGAUACAGAUACCAGACAUUGAUAUCUCGAGUCCUCCAUAUGCUUCGUAUCAAAGUGGUCAGCUGGUUGCUCUUGGGGUCCUCCGUGGUUUGUAUAUCUGCAAGUAUCUUGGAUACCUUUGUGAGCAACGCUUCAGCAAUCCAGAUAGCUUACAAGAUCAUUUUGAGAACUCCCACUUUCCCAUCACUCGUAUCAAACCAGCCCAUCGUUACAUAUGUUCGCGUUGCGAAUAUAUGAAUGACUGUCAUACAGGCCCUUGCCAGAAUUGCAGAAUCGAUGGCUCAAUUGAGAUCUGGAUAUAUGGACACUUUAUCUCUAAUCCGUCUCACCAGCGAUAUCCACCUGACGGCCAAGAUCCUUUCAGAGGGGCCAUGCCUUCAUCGAGGCUUCUUUACCCCGAGCCAUACGCUUUCCCAGGCCCGAAUCUUGACUUCGGCCAAGGCCCUCGCAAUGGAGGUUCUUUCACUGGUGAUUUCAACGAUGAUUUCGGCUUCAACGGUGACUUCAACGGUGACUUCAACGGAGGCUUUGACGGAAGCUUCAACGGUGGCUUCGGUUUCAUGGAUGGUCCUAACAAUGCCUUCGGUGGUGAUAAUACAUUUGGAGAUGACGGCUCUCAAGGGUAUUAUCAUAACAACACCCACGAUACCCCACAAUCAGGUGGCUACCAGAGCCAGGGGAAUAGGUCCUUGGGGGCUCGGUAUAUGGCAAAAAUGGGUUGUCUCAGCAUCCGGUCCUGGUAUACGAAGGCCCUCCAGAACCAUCGUUACCGAUUCUCCCUUCUCGCAUUGGCUCUCCUGGUCACGAUCGCAUUGAUCAUUGAGACGCAUGACUGGCUGAUCAUGACGGUCCGCGUCUUCCCUUUCCGACCAAACCUUGCAACUAUGGGCCUCAUCGUUGGGCUUGCCUCCUUUGCAACGGGCUAUGCGUAUUGGUCUCUGAAGCGCCCUUCUGUGCAGCAUGUUGUGAGCAGUGUAAGUACUGUCCUGUCAUUGUUUAGUAACCUCCCUCUAGACGAGCUGACCGUCCCAGCGAACUCGGCGAUGUCCUUUGCAUGACCAUCUUCCCACCUUCUCUUCGGAUUGCAAACCUAUAGGGCCUCCUAUCCAUAUGCGGGACGUGGUGGGUAGAUUAUGAUGGUGAACUGACACGCUCUUGUGCAUUUCCUGGCGGCCCUCUAUUUAGCGGUGCUGUCCCGCUUGUGUUUGUGGUACUGUAGCAUGGCGUUGAUAUAUAGAUUCCCUCGAUUCAGAUCCGUGUAUCAUUACCAGCACUUCCCUUCAAAAGGCGCGAGGAGGGGGGUGAGUACAGUUGGGGUACUUGAGGAAGGUUAUGUUUAUGAUGAUGAUGAUGAUGAUGAGAUGAUGAGAUGAUUGACAGCACUGUCAUUUGUGCAUUAGAUGCGCAUCCUUGAAGCAUGAGCGAACAUCUCCACAAGAGAAGAGUCAGGGCAGUCACUACUACCUGCCGGCGCUGGUAGACUUUCUCCCUACUAAGCAUCAGCCACCACACUUGCAAGGCCUGG